GUAUAAAUGACACUCCUGGAUGCCCAGCUGAUCAAUAGAGACAGAGACAGAGUUAUUCAAUGCUGUAUUCCAGCAGGGUUCUUUAGCAUGGAGAAGACAUAUCUAGGAUUUGGUCCAUUUUCUUACUUUAUUAUUUGUUGACGUGUUUCAAUAUUUCUUUUUUAAAUCACCGCUUUUUAAAGAGGCCACUGCUUGUUUAUCUGUUUGGCCCUUUAAAUACUUCUUCUUCCUAUUUAAGCCCCGCCUCUUUAUGUAUCAGAGCGGUGACAGAUCACGUGACUGUCGGAGCGCUUUAUUGUUGAGAGGAGGGAACUGUGUGUGUGUGUGUGUGUGUAUUUAUGUGUGUGUGUGAGAGUGUGUGUGUGUGUGUGUGAGAGAGAGAGAGAGAGAGAGAGAGAGAGAGAGAGAGCUCGGUGUGUUGAAACUCAAUUCUGUUCCUGCAUUCCUUCCCUCAUCAAAGGCCGUUUAAAAAGAUAGGGGAAAAAUCAUCAUAAAUUAUAACAUGGUGAGAUAGGACGUUUCGAAGAUUGAUCCACGGAGGGACAAUCUCAGGAAUUUACAGCGAGGACAGAUUGGAGGAAAUGUGCAGUGUUACAUUACCCGUUUGACGCCUUGUGGACAGUAAAGGCGAGAGGCUGCUUUUAGCCAGGGACGUUUUCUUUUUUCAUUUUUAAAGAGGAACACAAGAUGGCAGAUGACAGGAGUGAAUAACGAGUACAGCACGGCGCCGUUCCCUUUAACAUGUAAAAGAUCGCCCAGAAGCUUUUGGAUGUAUUUCGGAACCGGACACAUUGUAGCCUACUUAUUCGCUUCGACCGGAUAUAAAUAAAAGGAAACACAGUUUUGUCUCCCGACAGUAAAGGAUCUGAUAUCAAAGUGGGUUCAUGUUAUAGCUGUUGAGACCACUCGCUAGCUGGAUAUGGCAGAUCUUUCCAUUUAGUCUACCUACAACAGAUUGGUUGGUAAGCCUUUAAACCUUUUUUUCUGGGCCGUUUUGGCAAGAAAAGCGAAGGGGCCGGUCGUUCCUGUUUCUAGAUCCCAGACCAGAAGUGUGUUCUCAGUUAGUUUUCAAAAGCUAAAGCUAAAACCCUGCUUCUAGAACAGUGUCACUAAAAUGAAAGUAACCUAGGCCAUAGAUUUUACUAGACUGCACAAGUAUGACGCACUGUAGCUUUAAUGUGAAGGGCAGUAGCACUAGCCGGUAUUAGUACAUUACACUGAUCUUAUUUUGAUACGUUGUCAUGAUCCAAUCAGGGCUUGUUUUAAUUAAACGAACCCUAGUUAAUAGUUAAUAUUGGGAUGAUAAAAAUCGCUCCAUUAACAACUCAAAAGUCUUAACGCUGCGCUGGAAAAGGCCCAUAAACGUACCUUCACCUACUAAGGGAGGAACUGCCAAGGCAUAUCAUUCAGAUGUGUCAGCAGAUCAGCCUGUUCAUUAUCGUCGCACAUGAUUCAAGAGUCACUGUUACAACAGAAAAGAGCCUGAUCAUACAUUGGUAAUAAAAAAGCACGAUCUAGAUAAGUGCUUGACCAUAAGAAACAGCCUUGACGCCUAUAACCAACAAGGAUUAGUAGAUUAGUAAGACUUUAUAGUAAGGGUGAUAUAAUGUGGCAUCAAGUCUACUUCAUGAUCUCAAGCAAUGCUGAUGUUCGAUUUUCCUUUUACAGACACAUUAAUGCCUCUGAAACUAGGCCUUAAGACACACUGAUUGUACAAAUCGGUAAUCCCUCACUAGAUGAAGCAGGAGCACGUUUGGUCUGUAUGGGUUUAUAGGAGUCGUGGUCUCACGUCUGUGCAUCUUCAAAAAGUUCGCAGCCUGCACCUUUCACACGUCAGUAACUUGAAUCUUUAGACGAGCUCGACCCGAAAUGGCUGAAACCUGGAAGAACUGUCUGGAAGAAGAGCUCAUAUGCCCGAUCUGUCUGCAUGUGUUUUCGGAGCCGGUUCAGCUGCCUUGCAAGCACAACUUUUGCCGCGUGUGUAUAAACGAAGCCUGGGCUAAAGAUGCGGCCAUGGUGCGGUGCCCGGAAUGCAACAACGCCUACAGCCAAAAACCGGCUCUGGAGAAAAACCACAAGCUGUCCAACAUCGUGGAAAAGUUCAACGCGCUGAACAUAGAGAAAGCUCCAGCUGUGUUGCACUGUAUCCUGUGUCGCCGCGGGCCGCCGAUUCCUGCUCAGAAAGUGUGUCUGAGGUGCAAGGCGCCAUGCUGCCAGUCACACGUACAGACGCACCUGCAGCAGCCCUCGUCCAACGCGGGACACCUGCUAGUGGAGGCGGCCGAGGCUCGGGCAUGGAGCUGCCCGCUGCACCACGAGUACCGGCUGUACCACUGCGAGGCCGAGCACGCUGCUGUGUGCCACUACUGCUGCGUGGCCAGAUGUGCGCCACAUCACGGACACGCCGUCUGCGAUGUAGAGCUGCGUCGCAAUGAUAUCCGGCAAACGUUGAUGAAGCAGCAGGACCGGAUUGAAGACCGAGUUCAAGACAUAGAAGAGCAGCUCUACAAACUAGAGUCAGACAAAUGUCUUGUAGAGGAGAAGGUGCAGCAUCUGAAAGAGGAGGUACAGCUGCAGUAUCAGAAGAUGCAGCAGCUGUUAGAGGAAGACUUGGGGAAGACACUGGAGGUGCUGGAUCAGGCUCACACCAAAUUCUGUCAGGAGAAUUCCACCCAGGUCCUUCAGCUCAACCAGAAACGCCAGGAGGCCAAGAAACUCCUCAGCUCCAUCCAGAUGGUCUCCGAUAAGGCAGAAGACAUCAAAUUUAUGAGGAAUACAAAAUCUGUAAAAAUCUUAAUGGACAGGUCUCAGUCAUAUAUUGGCAAUACCUUACCCUCUUACAAAGUGGGCAGCCUCAAUUCUAAACUGUUUCUCUCUGAAAUCUCAAAGAGGGAGAAAAACCUGUGCAAAGUGCUUGAAGCUCCUUUUAGCGCGCCUGCAAACUUCUUCCAGACUAUUCCAGCCUAUCUGUGUGCAGACAAGCGCAGGCACUCAGUGGCUUUUUCUGAUGCUGGGGGCAGCAGUAAGGCUGGCUCAAGUUUUAUGGAGUCUUCCUCUUCUUCCUCUGGUACUGCUGCUAAACAGCCAUGCCUGAGUCUAACUCCAGCUCCAGGGUCCUCCACCAGUGAGGGCCAGUCCUCCCAGCAUGCUCUGGGGCCUUGCAACUCUGUAGGAAACAGCAGUGCUGCGACCAGUUCUCAGUCCAUGCACCACUCUGGUUCUGUGUUUCCUCACUCUCAUUAUCCAAACAGCAGCACCUCACAGCUGCCUCAAUAUGGAGGACGCAAAAUUCUAAUGUGCACAGUGGAUAACUGCUACUGCUCGGGUGUGCCCUCAGUGUCCAACCCUAGGGGGCAUCCACCAUACCCUCGAUCCAGUUCCUUCCCCUGGCCAGUGAGCUCACAGGAGUACUCCCAUCAGCCCCUCCCCUCCACACCUGCAAUGUCUCAGUCUCUCCAGAGUCUGUCCAUGCGGGACUGGAUAGACGCCUCGCAGCCGCACAGGCACCCUGACUUCUACGGCCUCUACAGCCAGUCUUCCAGCAAGCAUUACGUCACCAGUUAACCCCAGCUCCAGUGACUGCUGUCAGUCACAAGCUCAGCUAGGUUUUUAAGCUGUGGGAAUGUGAAAGAGUGGGAAUAUUUUGUUUUGUAUAUAAGUUGGAUCAGUCAUUUAAUGUCCUUUAGGUCCACUGUCUAAGUUCUUAAAACGGUAAAUGUUACAAAGUGAAGCAUAACUUUGCACGUAGGAACUAAUGAUGUUCCCUUAACUUGCGUUGCUACUUACUACAACAGAAUAAUACUAACCAUUUUCCAGAAUGGACAAAGAACAGUAUGUUAAUUUGUUAAUCAUCAGUAAUGCUGCACUUUUGUGUGAGUAACUAAUCAUUUAAAUAAUGGUUUACUGUAUUCAAUCCAACAGUCAGCUCUUAAUGAAAUAUACUGUUAUCAAGAAACGGUCAUUGUUACCAUUCACACUAUUAUAGCCCAAUAUAUUUUAUUUGCCUACUUAUUUCACAUAAGUAGUCUUUUUAAUCAGUGAGAAAAUCCUUGUAUAAGCAAAAUAUUUUGAAAUUUUCUAUGUUUGUUUUCAUUUAGCAGAAAAUGGGCUUCAGUGUCUUUUUUUUUUUUUCAUAAGAGAAAGGUAUACUUAUUUGUAUAAGUUUGGGUUACUUGUAUAUGUAACAGGUAAUUUUGUAUUUUUUAGAGGGAAAAAGAAAGGAAAUUAUAAUGAUGCAAUAUUAUUUUCAUGGUUAUGUUUCUUGAUUUCUGCGUACUUCCCUAUUAAGAGUCUCUCGAUGGAAAUGCCCUGCUUGGCAUGGGAUUUCAGCUGUGAUGAGAUGUCCAGGCUUUGAGCAGCUACCCUACAUGGAUCCAGACAGACAGUGCUGCCACACAAAAAAUACCUUUUUAACUUUGUGAAACCCAGGAUGCAUUUGGUUUCACAUUCUAUUACUCAUGUUUACCUUAUGCGUUAUUUCAGAGUUAUUUGGACCUGAUUUUCCAAAAAUCUGAAGGAACUUUGGAAGUACAUUCCUCUCCAUUUAUUAGUAAUGCAGUUCUUCUUUCUUCUGACUCAUGUCAUUACUGGCACCAAUCAAAAAAUAUUUGGCUUCCUGUUUGUUAAUGAUUGCAUGUGGGAACAAGUUUCUGAGCACUUGUAGUAAAAUAAUAAAACUGCAAGAAAUAUAAAAUGACUUUUUGAAACAUGGAAAUUUCUCUCUUUUUUUCCUUCAAUAAAUAAUAUUCAGUAAUGACAAGCACUGACCAAUGAAUCUCUAUAGAUGAAAGCAAGAAACUGGUUAUAAAAAGUGGUUGGUUUUUUUUGUUUGUUUGUUUGUUUUGUUUUUUUGUAAAUAUUUUGUCAAACUAAAACAGAAAACUUGUAACUGGGAAAUAACUGUUUGGUUUUGUUUCCCCCAUCCCCCCCAAUAAAUAGUAAUUUCAAUAAUGUC